GGGGCGAUGGAAGGAGGAGGCGUGGCCAAGGCAGGAGAAAAAGAGCGGGCGGGAAGUGGAGAAGAGAGAGAGUGAGUGAGAGGGAGAUACUGAUAGGGGCAGGCGCGCUCGCGCUCCAGGGAGGCUCAAAGCGCCUGCGCGAAGCCGACUAUAUAAAGAUAGUGUGUGUGUAUGUAUAUAUAUAUAUAAAGCGUCGGCUGACAGACCGAGGUUGGAAAGCGCCAAGCGCGCGCGCUUGACUCGAGGGGCUUGAAAGCGCCUGCGCGCGCUAAACUGACUAAAAACCCAACUCGCGGCUGUCUUUUUUUUCUUCCUCGCUAUGAUUUCAGCCAUCUCCAGCCCGUGGCUGACGCAGCUCUCGCACUUCUGCGACGUGGCGGCCUUCACGGCCAACAGCCUCAGCAGCCUCAACGCGGCGGCGGGCGGCGGCGGGGGCUAUCACCACCUUUCCCCGUCGCCGGGCGACCCGUACGGCCAGGCCGAGCCGCCUCCUCCGCCUCACUACGAGCCGUGCUCGGCGCAGCAGCAGCAGCAGCAGCACCCGCCGCCGCCUCAGCAGCCGCCGCCGCCUCACCACAGCAGCCAGCCGCCGCCUCAGCCGCCGCCUCACGGCUACGGCUUCGCGGGAGGCGCGGGUUCGAACCCGGCCUCGGCGUCGGGCGCGGAGACGCCUGAGGAGAGCCGAGGAGGGGGCGGAGGAGGAGGAGGCGGGAACAACAACAACAACAACCCGGGCGCCGCGCCGGCCAAGGCCCCCGUCAAGAAGAACCCCAAAGUGGCCAACGUCAACGUCCAGCUGGAGAUGAAGGCCCUCUGGGACGAGUUCAACCAACUGGGCACCGAGAUGAUCGUCACCAAGGCCGGCAGGAGGAUGUUCCCCACUUUCCAGGUGAAAAUCUUCGGCAUGGACCCCAUGGCGGACUAUAUGCUCUUGAUGGAUUUCGUCCCGGUGGAUGACAAGAGAUACCGCUAUGCAUUUCACAGUUCUUCCUGGCUGGUGGCUGGCAAGGCAGACCCUGCAACACCCGGGAGAGUCCAUUACCACCCUGAUUCCCCAGCUAGAGGCGCCCAGUGGAUGAAGCAGAUAGUCUCCUUUGAUAAACUCAAGCUGACAAACAAUUUGCUGGAUGACAAUGGACACAUCAUUUUGAACUCCAUGCACAGAUACCAGCCUCGCUUCCACGUUGUCUAUGUGGAUCCAAGGAAAGACAGUGAAAAGUACGCCGAGGAGAACUUUAAGACCUUUGUUUUCGAGGAGACCCGCUUCACGGCGGUGACCGCCUACCAGAACCAUCGAAUCACCCAGCUCAAGAUUGCCAGCAACCCUUUUGCUAAAGGAUUCCGAGACUGUGACCCUGAAGACUGGCCCAGAAAUCACCGACCUGGGGCCCUCCCUCUCAUGAGUGCCUUUGCCAGAUCCCGAAACCCUGUGUCUUCUCCAGUGCAUCAGAAUGGAACUGAGAAAGAUGCAGCAGAAAGUCGGAGGGAAUAUGAGCGGGAAGCAGCCGGUGGGACCCCUCUCCACGCAGAUCCCGCCCACCAGCAGCUCAUGUCGAGGGUCCUGAGCCCGGCGCUCCCUGUACCUGGGGGAGGAGGCCUGGUCCCACUCCCCAGUCCAGCGGGCAGCCGGCCCAGCCCCCCACACCACGAACUGCGGCUGGAGCCUUCGGCUUCGGAGCCCCUUCACCACCAUCCCUACAAACACCCAGUCUCGGCCUACGACCAUUACCUGGGAGCAAAGAGCCGGCCCACACCCUACCCUUUGCCCAGUAUCCGGGGACACAGUUACCACCAUCACCACCACCACCACAUGAAUCCAGCUGCUGCUGCAGCAGCGGCUGCAGCUGCGGCCGCGGCCAACAUGUAUUCCACUGCGGGCGCUCCGACCAGUUAUGACUAUGGACCAAGAUAACAUCUCUGAAGCCAGGUCCUGGAGCUCUGAUGGGCUUUCUGCAUGGUUUGAGUUGCUCAGUAGCAUUCGGUUUUUUUGGAGAGCACUAUUUUGUCAAAAGAACCGGCCCCCUAGACUCCCUGUUUCCUUCCUCUCUCACACAGGUUUUCUCCUCCUCCUCUUCCUUCUUGUUCCCACUUGCACCAUCAGAUUCAUCAUUCAAGACUGGGUUUCUUUCUUUCCUUCCUCAUCCCGGGGGAUGAAAUGACCAGCCCAUUUUCCUUGGCAGACCAGGCGGGUGUGAUGGAUGGAGGCUGGGGCUUCCGCUGAAGUGUUCUGCUCCACCUGCUUCCAUAUCUGAACGAUGCUGUUCUCUUUUCUCCAACCUUUCCCUGGACACAGUGAUUGGCAGCUGGACUCUUUUCCUUUGCUUUCUAAAUGAAGCCAUAUGUUGCAUUAUUCCCUUGCAGCUGUCAUCAUAGUAACCUUUCAGUGACUAUGCACUUCUUUCCUUCUUCAGAGUGCCCAGUGAACACCACAGUUUAUAGGUAGGUCAGGCCAUCUUGUCAAUGGGACUGCAGACCAAGAGGGUAGAAUUUCUGUUUUGGCUAACGCUAACCCGAGGCUGUCUGUGGUGGUAUAAACCAGGGAUAGGGAGCAUGUGGCCCUCCAGAUGUUGCUGGAAUUUAGUAGCUCUGGUUCCUAACCAUUGGUGAAAAAGGAGAGCUAAAACGAGGAAGAUGCCAAGUGAUGUUUUCAGUGACUAUUUGGAGUCUUUUCUCUAUGUUGCUGCUUAAGUGUCCCCUUUUAGUUUAUACCACCAAAGUGGACAACAUUAUCUAUAUCAGCUCUCAGAUAACACAUUUGCUAGACAUAAGAAGAUUCUGUGGAUUAAGAUGUACAUCAGCUGCCUGUGAGAAAUAAGAGAUCUCAAAGACAGUUUGAUCCAAAAUCCUGCUGAUAUAGACCAUCAAUCGCUACAGCAUCCCCAAUAGAUUUUUUGAAGAGCAUUCCUGAUACUUUACCUGUUCCUACAAUAUCCACAAUAAUGAGGCCAUGGAUCCUGUGUUUCAAAACCUCCAAUGAAGAAAGAAUCGAUGGCCUUCCUGGGCAUCUCUUCCACCCUUGAACUGCUGGUAUCAUUAGAAAGUUCUUCCUAAUAUUGAAAUGAAAUCUCCUUUUUGGGAAUUUAUUUAUUUAUCAAUUCAGAAGCGAAUUGAGGAUACAGUUAUAAUUUAUUUAAAAACACAAACAAAGUUUAAAACUUGGCAUUCUACUAGAUUUCCUUUGACCAGAAGAUGGUGUUGCCAUAAGAAGAUCCUUCAUUGUGCAUGUGGCAGGGCUCAGGCUCCAUUAUAGUCAGUGGUCUGUGGUUUGCUUUUCUCUACACUCGCAUGUCGCGGACUCCACUUUGUAGCCCCCAUUUCCUAAGAUUGGCUCUGCAUCUCUUAGUGCCAGAGUCCAGUCUGUUCUGGGAAUUUGAAUCUCUUGAUUCAAAACCAACCUUCAGCAGAACAGGAGAUGCUUCUUCACUCCAUGGAGAAAGUGAUCCAUAGAUAUUUGGUUUUCUGGGAUAUGGCUUUAGGGGCCAUAAGAAUAUAGUCUCGGUCUGUUCAGGUCAUUGUACCAUCACAAUCCCUAUCUCGCUUAAACAUACUUAGGCUUUGCAUGUGGCUUCCUCCUUAUUUCUUUCCCGCACUUUCAGUUCCGCAGGCUGCUUCUUGCUCCUUUUCACAAACAUCCCUUAUUCCCUCACCAUAUUUGUGACUAAUAUCUGCCUCACAUUCAGCAAAAAUUUCUUUGAGUCCAGAAGAGUUUGGUAAGGUUCUGUCACCCAAAACUGCACAACACUCCUGGAUCCAAGCGAAAGUAUUUUGCAAAGGGGGGGGGGAUACAUUUUAAGCAUUAUUUUGAUAUUUGCAGUGGAAUUGUAAGUUCUUUUGGUUGCCGUACUAGAUUGUCAAGUGACUGUUGUUCAAAAGACUGACGUACCUUGUCUCAUUGCGAGCUCAAAAAUGCUCUGCCUGUGCAACCUUUUGCUUUGCUAUUGCCACUGGAUGGUCGACUGGAUUCUCCCUUUCUGUUACAUGGAUGUGUGCCAAAGCUUUUGGUCAUACCUAUUGUGAUGUGGGUAUAUUUAUUCUGAAUUGUUUCUCUCUCUCCCCCCCCCUGCCCCUAGCAGUUCUGCAAGUCAUGAUGGUGUUGUUGUUGCUGGGUUUUUGUUUUUUGUUUUGGUCCUGGAUAGUUGCAGUGUAAAGAGAGAGAAAAAUGAAACUCAACCAAAGAGUCAUAUCUGCAAAAACUGUAGAUAAUCUGUAGAUAUGUGUAGAUAAUGUAUAGAUGAGCUUACCAUGGUUACAUUGGCGGGAAGGGGGAAGAUGGCAAACCAUAACAUUUAUAAAAGGUAUUCGUCUUACUCCUUUCUCCAUCUCUUGUCUUAUUGGGUUGUCUUUUAAACUGGCCUGUAUAUCAUUGCGUGUUAUAACAUUAAAACCGGAACAUGGAAGUCAA